UGACAAGAGACACUCCCCCCUCUUUUUCGCCUUUUGUUCCGAGGUGGAGCCUGACACCCCGACUUUACCGAACCUGACUGCUGGCGGAGGAGACGGAGGACAGAGAACCGGGACCAGCGAACAUUGGCGCGUCUCUGGAACGCAGCUCGGGGAGGGAACCUCACUAGACGGCUUCAGGGAAGGAAUCAGCUUACAAAUCCUACAAACCGACAGUGAUCGACAGAUCCGCACGAAAAGAUGAAUUAUUUCAUACUCCUGUCGGUUCUGGCCACGGUGGUUACCGGAAAGUCACCUCGCCUGAAAUUUAUUGUGCACGAGCCCCCCAGGUUCCAUUUCAACAAGCCUGAGAACUACAUCAGCAUGUACCACCAGGAAGGAAGUGACACGCUUUAUGUCGGCGGCCAAGCAACGAUCUACGUGUUGACAUUCAGUGAUAAAAGGGUUGUUGACAUGCAGAUCCCAGCGGCAUCGGAUCAGACUGCAAUUGAUACCUGCAAGGCAAAAGCUUCUCCAGAUGAGAUGGAGUGCGACAAUUUCAUCACCGUCCUUCAGAAAGUUAAUGACACAUUCAUAGUAUGUGGGACGAAUGCUGGAAGCCCCAGAUGCUGGAUGCUGGUAAAUGACACGGUGCUGACAGACGUCCAAGGCGGUGGGAUGAUAGCGCCAGCCUCUCACAUCUCACCUCCCUUCCCUUCGCAGAAGUCAAUCAACUUGCCUGCAGAUGGGAGUCUGUACUCGGCCAUGUCAUCAGUGGGAGGUCACACCGGCUUGAUCCGUCGUACUUUUGGCUCCCAGAAACUCCUGAAGACGGAAAAUGUUUGGCUGCUGAAUCCUCAGUUUGCUGGAGCAUCCAUAAUCCCUGCCUCGGAAAAGUACAAAGAGGAGAUCUAUUUCUUCUUCACGGAGUUCAACAAAACAGCCCGAGUGGAUGAGGAGCCAUACAGGGCCCGCAUAGGUCGAAUCUGCACGGUGGAUGAAGGGGGCAUCAAAGCCCUCCUGCCAGAAUCUUUUACCACCUUUUUGAAGGCUCGGGUGAUGUGUGGCGCAGGCAACACACAGCAGCAGUACAACAACAUGAAGCAGGCUGUGGUCCUGACGGCUCAGGACAAGAGGGCUGGAGUCAUGUAUGGCCUUUUUUCCAACGCAUGGGGAAGAACGGUGGUCUGUGCCUAUUCCAUUGAAGAUAUUGAUCGAGCCUUCUCUAAUUCUAAACUGAAAGGCUACAGCAGCUCAUUUGGUGGCACUCGACCAGGGAUGUGUGUACGUAAAAGUCCAUCACCAGCAGAUGGUCAGAACAACGUCAAAAACCUUGGCAUCAUGAGAUACUACCCUGAAAUUGAGGAUGUAAUUCGGCCGGUUGGUGUGAAUCCACUCGACCUCCCCACAGAUGAUCAAAUCACCCACGCUGUCGCAGAUAUUGUCCUGGCAGUCAAUGAUGAGCAUUACACUGUCCUGUACCUCGGAACAGACCAAGGCAAAGUUCUCAAGGUUCUUCACACCAUCCAGGAUGUCUUCAUCAUAUCUCAGUAUUCUCUGUUCCACAACGAAGGGCCUGUUCUAAAUAUGGCCAUCGACUCACAAAAGGGUCACUUGUAUGUCGGUACUGCUAUGGAAGUCCAGCGUCUGCCUUUGGCUGACUGCAGGCGCUAUGGCCACACAUGCAGAGAGUGCAUCCUCUCCAGGGAUCCUUACUGUGGUUGGGACAAGGCCAGGAGGAAGUGCAUCGCCAUCCCGCCCGGAUACAACGUCACAACUGGAACUCUUAUUCAGAAUCUCGAUAGUUCCAACUCCUCCAUUUGUGAGGAAGCUGCUGCACUUAAGCUGCGGCAAACUUCGCCAAGAGAGAUUGUGGUGAAAGGAAAAAACACCACCGUGUUUCUGCCCUGCCCCGUUCACUCCUUUCAUGCCACCUACCGCUGGGAGAAAGACAACUGCAAAAGGAACUACCCGUGCCUGUUCUCCGGAGACUUCUGCGUACUGGGCCCGGUUGUUAACACUCCCUUGAAGGAAGGUGUCUUCCGCUGCAUGGCCACUGAGGACGGAUUCAAGGUGGAAGUUGUUUCCUUCAGGCUGGUGAAUGAUGGGAGGCUUAUAUCUGCUUCAUUUGCCUCCAUCUUGGGCCUUUCAGCCCUGCUUGCUGUGGUGACCCUAUGGCUUCAUUAACUAUAGCUAACACUGAUGCUAUCUUCUCUUUUGUAGUGGCUCCAACUGACAGGAUAAACAAGGGGCCAUUGUGGGAGUUAGGUUUGCAUUGCACCGGCACUCAUGGAUGGGUUGUGCACUGACACCUGAAACGUUUUUUUAUUUAGGUUUUUAUCAAGAACAUAUUAGUAUAAAAAAGUUCAAACUAUCCCAUCCACCUUAUUUUUGAACAUGGAAGUAAAUGUAGGUCCAGGUUCCGGUUUUUCUGUGACCCUUUCAUUUCUCCACUUUCCUGGGCUAACUAACAGCAGCUUAGCUAAACUUGUGAACUUUGUUGUGGGUACAUUUCCUAAAAUUGUUGAACAAACGAAAUGGCAAGUUAGCACCCUCAAACAUUUCACAAGUGGCAUGAUAUGAAGAAGUGACCUCACUUAACAUAUGAGGACAUUUUUAACUAUUUUGUGUUGUCACUUGGUGCAGAGAUGGCCAGGUGCUCCUGUGUCGCGGGUGAGGGGAAGUCAUGCAUUGGUGAUAUUAUGGAAGGUAGGCUAAUAAAUUGUCACUUCAGUGCAUGCUAACUUACAAGAUGCGUCUUUGUUGUAAUUAGAUUGCAAUUCAGUUUAAUUUUCUGCAAAACAAAAACCACAUAAGUCCAUCAUCUCUAUUAUUGCUCAUUGAAAUAAUCAUAUUGCAUUGCUACUCUUAAGUAAAAUUUUGGGAUAUUCUUUCCGAUACGAGAAACUUAAUUGAAUAGAGAACAUACAUGUUUUGCCCAAAGAUGAGGAUGACAAUGAAACACACCUACAGUUUACAUUAAAGCAAGACUUCAUUUUUUUCUUAAGCUUCUUCUUCUUUUUUUCCCCCAUCUUACUGCUGAACUUGUGCCAUUUACUGGUAGUGAAUAUACAGUAAGGACAGUACUGUAAAGAAUAAAUGUUUUCACUUUACUCUCAGAGCACACUCACGUGUGUAUACCCAUACAUAUAAAUAUACUUCCAUACAUACAUUCAUUGCCUGGUCUUCUUUUGAUUUUGUGUCCAUCAAACGAAAAGAGCAAACAUACGGUUGCUCUCAAAUUUAAAGCUUUUAACCACAGGCAAAGGGAUUCCUCAUCCCUUGGCAGGGGAUGAAGGUCAUAGGGCACCAAACAUCCACGUUCAGCUCUAGAAAGCGGUUUGUGACUUAACGACUUCUGCUCCAAGUAUUUAUUUCCUUUGAACCAGGAUAUUCUCAAAGCCAUAAUGUUAAGUGAGUUAUUAUGAAGACGGUGAACAGUAAGUUAGCUAGCCAGCGGCCGGAAGUGCCUGACCAAAAGUCACGCACAAAAAACACCAUUUGUGUCUAUAUUUCUGUUAAAAAUAAGGUGGAUAUCUUGGUCAAAAAUAACAUAUCUACAGCUGCAACUGAUUGCAUUAGAUAAAACCUGUAAAAUUCAGAACUUUGCUGACUAAUAAUGUCAUUCAACCAUGAUGUGGUGCUUUGCGAACCUUUCUUCUCUUACUAAAAAAGAUGAACAUAUCCAGUGAGUUGGGCAAAAAACACCAAUACCAGGCCAAUUCUUUUAAACUUUUCUCUACAUAUUUUGAAAUUACCUUGAUUGUGCUUAUUUGUGGAUAUGUAAACCUUUAAUAAUGCUAUUACAUCUCUUCAUUCCUCUUGUUCAACUUUAUUGUCUAAGCUUAUUGGAACCUAAAAAUGUCUGGUAUUGAGAUUUUAAAAGCCUUAAUACUUUUGGGACAUGGACUCCUAAGCACAAUUUUGCAGUUGAGGGUGAAAACUGCAGACUCAGUUGGACUUGGGGAAAUGUUCAGUGCAGCUGAGUCUAACAAUGUGGCUGGGAGGAAGUGAGCUUUUAGAUGGAAAGUAGGAUGGGCCUCGAACAUCACUGUGUCUCAGCACUUCCUCCUCAGACUGGGCAGUUUCUAGCAAUGUUACAGCAGAUGGUUUCAAACAACAUAACUUUGCCUUGUUCACAGCUUCAUGCAUUGCUCUUUUCCUUUCAUCAUGCCAUCAUCUCUCAUUUACCCUGUCCUCAUAAUCUGUGAUAUUCAAUUAAAUAUCAUUCUUAUUUAAAGUUAGGUACAGAGAUAAUGAUCUUUUUAAGUAGAUGAUGGCAUGUUGUUACCACAACCCAUUAAUGUACGUCAAAAUUGGGAAAUUAGAACACAUAGCUCCUGGUCAAAGAGGAGCAGUUUUCUUUGUAAAUAAUGAAAAAUGAUUUCUUUAUACCAGACCAGUGGCGGUUUUUGAUAUGGGUGAAAUUGCUCUUUGCCCAGGUUGCCCUUUUGUCACGAGGAAGGUUGUCCUGUUCUGUUAGUUGCACCCAGAUUGAGUUUUUAUUGUGUAUCUGCAUGUCAAUGGGGACUGUUUGCCCUCCUAUGUUGUGCACAGUUUAAGCACUGUGAGUAAACAUGGUAAUGCACCACAGCCAGUUGAUGAUGUUCAGCUCCAAACUAAAGGGCUAUAUCACUGUUUUUUUCCUAAUAACCUGAAAUCUUUUGUUGUCUCGUUCAAAUCAGUUUUGACCUACUGAUAUUUAAAAACACUAACAUAAGUACAGUCUUGAAAAGACUGACUUAAUUGCUGAAACUGUACUUUUAAACAAUAAAAUGUCAAAAAAUGUUGGAUUCAUAGCUUUCUCAAAAACAUAGUUAAAUUCUGUUUCUGUGUCAUGCAACAUUUAUGCAAAAACCGCCACUGUACCAGACAAUGCCUAAAGUUGUGAGCAAGACGUUAUGCUAUAAUCAUUUCAGUAAAGAUGCUUAGAUAAACACAGAAAGAGUUCAAACUAAGUGAAACCAUAUAUUUCACGUACAUUUUAUAGUUUUCCAGGAGAAGAAAAAAGGCUUAGCAACUGACAAUGUGUUUUGGAUUUUUUUUUUCUGCAAAUACUGAUUUCUACCAUUGCUGCCUACAUAUAUAAGCAUUUGUUUUGAUAAUUUAUUGAUUUGAACGCGACACCUAGCCACAGCCGCUGUAUUUUUAUAUUUUUAUUUUAAAUCUCUGAAACAAAAGGCUUCAAUAAUUCAAAGAAGAUCAUUUCCUGGUCUGGUAAUUUAAGACCAUUUACUUUAAUUGAGUGUAAGGAGUUCACAGUUGUGCUUACCAGGCCAUCACAGAUGAACAGGAGCAUUUUCUAUCGGAAACAAGAGGCAGUGUUUAAAUCCAAUCACUGGAGCAUCAUAUUUAAUUUAAUUUAAUUUAAUUUUUAUGACCGUGGACAAAAAUGGUGAAAAAAAUACAUUGGUGUAUAUUGCUAUUAAAUACUAAAACAUAAUCAUAAACCCUAAAAUAUCAAACACUGUGCUAAACCUUUUCAGUGAUGAAUUAUGCAUUGGAUUAACGAGUCCUCCAUUGAGGCAAUGGAGUAUUAUCAUUCACUAAAGGCACAUGAAUCUGUCUGAGAUCAACCUUCCACAGUGGCAGAAAUGUCAUUAAUUGUUAAUCAGACAACAGAGCCAACCUGUCAUGUUUUCUAUUAAAGAAUUUAUUUUAGGCCAUUAGAGAUGCGGGCUGCAAUCUUCUUCUCCACUGUGAAAAUGCAUGUGUGUGACACAGCAUUGUGUUCCUCAUUUAGCAUUCUGCUGUCCCCAGAUGUGAGCCACUGACUGUGACAUAAAAGGGUAAAAAAAGGGAAAGCAAGGCAUCUUUAAACACUGUUCACUUGGUGCUUUUUGCUUCAUUUAUGUUCAUUUGAAAACUCCCUCCUUCCUUACGACAAAUAACAUUUUGUGUCUGAUAAAACCCAAGUACUACUGGAACACCGAUCUUCCUUACAGGCAAACUCACGGAUAAUCACUUCAGGUUUAAUGGUAAUCCUGUGUGUGAUUUUCUUUGUCAGCACCAUGGUGGGAAGCUCACUCUAGCCUUCAGCCAAGUGCUAAGUGCUACUCAACAUUUAAAACAGGCUGUUUUACUCCAACCUGCCGCAGAGUUUUGGCGGAAAAUAAACAAAAAUCAUGGAUUUGCUUGAGGCAAUUUUACAAAUAACCUCUUUAUGCUGCAAUUUUAACUGCUGAUUGCUGUAUGUGUUUAUGUGAUUAGAUUAGAGAUGCUGUUAUCACAAGAUGCAGAGUAAAGUGGGAUAUGUGGUCCAACUUGGUGAUUGAGCCUGGGGCAUGAAUUUUCAUGUAUCCCAAAACUGAUUAUUAACAAAGAAAAAAAACAGCUCAAAACCUACUUGAAAGUAACCACCCCCUUCUAUCAUAACAUGUAACUGUAGUUACAGUGAAAGCCAAAAAAAUAUAUUUGACAAUAUGUGGUUGAUAAUUUGUUAGUGGUUUCAUUUGGGAUAACCAAGCUUUUUUUUUCUUUUUUCUUUUUAGAAACAUCUGAACAGGACAUAUGGGCAUCAAAUAUUCUAAGACAAAUAUGCAAAUAUGAACUAUGUCAUGCCAAACUGAAAUACUCCUAAAAAUGAUGUCCAUUGACACUUAGUUUUUCGAGGGAGGCCAUGCUUUAUAUUGCUUUAUGGCCUUUCAAAUAAACCAUAUGAGAUUAGGUAAGAUUUAGCUGCCAUUCAGAUUAUUAGUGUAUAAUAUUAAGAUUCAUAAAAGGGCAAUUCAGCUAAUGGUUGACACUAAGUGACUUCUCAAUCUGAUUUUUUUUUGUCUCCAGUUCAAAGAAGAGCCCCCAAAAAAAACACUUUAUAUAGAGUCCAAGCCCAUAAUAAAAAUCAGUACAUUUCCUCAGUAUUACCUCAUCAGUAUUACCUCUCUUUGUCACCAGUGACAUACCCAAUACAGCAGUAUCUGCUUUUUUCCACAGUGACUGAUACGUUGAUGAAAAAUUAGUUCAUUCUGGACAGUGUUAUGUUUUCAAACACUUAUGAGUCCUACUUACAGCUACAGUCUUUAAUAAACUAAAAUCAUACUCCUGCUGCCAAUGUUUGCUAAUGUGCUAGGCUAAUGCUAGCAUGUUUCUUUGUUAUUUUGAUCAUUCAGCUCAUAACAUUACAUGAUGGUGUAUACAAGGAAGACUGAAAAAAAAAGGUAUUUUUUAACUGAACACUUUGCUUUGAACAUUUUACAAUUUUGUGUUUUAGCUGCACUAUCUGCAGCUGUCCUCCAUAUCUGUCUAAGCACACUCCUCAGAUCAGGUCGCUUGGAAAAAUUAUGAAAAAAAAAAAGCUGCAGUCUUUCUUGCACUGCUGAAAAGUCAACAUAAUGUGUCAGGUGUAAAAUAUUGGUUUUCUGUCCUGCACACAAUAUUAGGCUGUAGUUUUUGAAGGAUAGCUGGGUGACCACAUGGCUAGCUGUAACUAUGGCAGACUUAAAUCCAUUAAAAGCAGUCAAUCAUUGUGAUCAGAGUUUAGUAAGGAACUCCAAUACCAGUCAUUUAAAAAUACCAGAAACAGAAUUAGAUUAAAAUAAUAAUGUACAAACAUACUUUUACUACAGAAUGACUGCUUUCGGUGUCCAUUUAAGCUAAAGAUUAACAAAUGAUAGUUAAUCUGCUGCAUUAAUGAAUAUUAAUAAUGAUCAAAAAUACUUUCUAUUCUUUAUAUAAAAACAUUCCUAUUGCAGUGUCUUAUAAUUUAUUAUAAGAUAUAUAUAUUAUUUAUUUUGUUUUUGUUUUUAAAUAUAUUAUUGUAGUCAAGGGGAAUCUUUGUGUACAAUGUUUGAAUUAUGGUUUCAUGUUAACAUUAAUUACAUCAAAAUUGUAAAAAUAUAUUUUAACUACAGAUAUGAAGUAAAUGUAGUAACUCAAACUUGAAAACUACCACAUAAGAGGAUCUAUUCACAAUUAUCCAGCUACAAGUUCCCUUCUAAUACAUGCAGAAUGCUAUGUAGAAUUGAGGCAUUAACCUUCUGCUUCUACUGACAGUUUUCAGUUUCCCAGCGACUGUUAGUAGACUAGAAAAAAAUAAAUCAACAUUGUAUAAUAUGAAUUAUCAAAAAUGUCAUGUUUGAAGCCAAUACUACUGUUUACAUCUUUAGUUUAGUUUACAUGAUUUGUUUGCUCACAUGAAGGAAAGACAUGAUUUGAGGGUGGAAUCGAUUCUCCAUUGAUCAUUGCCCAACAUUUUUAAUCACCCAGAAUAUUUUUAGUACUUGUUUAAACAACACUUACUGCUAGGUUUAAGAUUUACAGAACUUCCUGAACUUGCUGACAUAAUCAACCUAAGAAGAUCAUCUGAGUCAUUGCUAUGAUAUGGAUUUUGGCAGUUGCUACGUGCAGAUUACGUUAUCGCUUUUCUGGCAUCUGUAGUUGUCAGCCAGUUGGCUAAAUGCUAAUCUCCUUCAAAGCAGGCUUUUGAUUUUCAAUGGGGGCAGAAUUGUGGUGGAUCCCGUUAUCUGUUGUAAAUUAAUCAUUCUUGUAGGCGGGUUGCUUUUUUGUUUGCUGUGGGGCUUUUGAGUGUCAAGUACUGUACAUGAUGUGUGCCCAUGAUUCUGUGUCUUGGUAGAUUUACUUUUAAUAGCAAUGUGCCAAACUCUACUAUAUGAAAAAGAGAUUUAUACUGUCUUGGUGCCAUGCCAUUCUAAUACCAUUUCAUGACAUGUAUUUUUAAAUAACAGAUAUCUAUAGUGCAAUAGAUAUUCAUGUAACAAAUUCAUAUCGACAUGUGUUUCCCUGAACAUGUGCAGUGAAAAUUAAUAAAAUUAUAAGUAUAAUGAAAA